UCCGCAGGCAGAAAACGGAUAAGAGGCGGAAGAAGGUGAACCAGCAAGGCUGAAUCAAGAAGGUUGAAUCGAGUAUGGCUGAAUACGAUGUCUAUAAUCUGGAAAUGGGCGAAGAUGAACCGGCGAGGCUGGAUCAAAGUAAAGGGGAAAGAAGCAAAGUUGAAGCAGUGAGGUUGGCUGAAAUCGCUCGCACAAGACUGAUAGCAGCCCAUGAUGUACAAGUGAAGCGGAAACAAGUUAUGAUGAAGUCAGUGGCGGCUGAAUCGAGUUACGAUGUGUUCCUGAGUUUCAGCGGGUCCGAAAAUCCCUUUGGGUUCGCCCAUUCCCUCCAUCGCCGCUUGCAAGCUGGCGGGCUUCUCGUUUUCAGAGACGACGCACCCCUACGUACUCCCAAAGAGCUCCCGACACGGGUCUACAGCUCCAAGAUCUACGUGCCCAUCUUCACCGGAACCUACGGCUAUAGCCCUUGGUGCCUUGAGUCGCUCGCGCUCAUGGCGGAACACGCUUCUAGAUCAGGUGGGAAGGAAGAGGUCCGGCCCGUUUUCUACAAUAGGGGACCGUCUGACGUGAAACUGGAGACACCCAUCUACAGAGACGCCGUGGACAUGCUCAGGCGGACGUGGGGCGCUGAGAAAGUGGAGCGGUGGAAGAAGGCUCUUGUGGAGGCUGGUAAAAUCAAGGGAUGGGAACUAAGGUCUUACAAAAGUGUUGGGGAACUUAUCACAUCGAUUGUUAGAGGAAUUUGGCUUAAGCUGCAGCUAGGGCGUGAUGUUGUGCCUGAACAUCUAUCCACUCAUGCUGAGCCAGUCAGUUCUGAUAUAGAGUCUGACAAGCUAUCCAUUGGUGCUCAGCCACUCAGUGCCAUAGACCCUGAGAAUCUAUUCACUGGUGCUGUUCCACUCAACACCAACAUAGUGCCCGAAGAUAUAGUCACUGGUUCUGAUCCACUCAAAGUCAAAGGGAACAGAACCAAUGAGCAGGCUCAUGCAAAGGCCGGUAUUCAGGGACCCGUGUUAUCUUACGGGACCUCGGCAACCUCGAAAUGGUCCCUGAUAAGGUCGGUAUUUGCCGUUCUGUACCUCUUGCGAAGGAUAAGAAACAGGGAGUUUUGCGGUUUUGUCUCUAGCUUAGAUGGGAUGCAUGAGGUGAAUGAUUGUGUUGGAGGAACUUCGGUAGAGGCACGUUCAAAGCACAGGUUUCAGAGAUUGGCGUUAUCAUCUGGAACAUACAGUACCUCUGCAACCUCGAGAUGGUCCCUGAUAAGGCCUGUAGUUACCUUUCUGUGCUUCCUUUUCAGACUACAAAGGAUAAGAAACAGGGUUUACCGUCGUAUCUUUAGCUUAAGUGGGAUGCAUGGAGUGAAUGAUGGCGUUGGAGGAACUUCAGUAGAGGGGCUUGAAGACAGUCAAGUAUUGCAAAUAAUUAGCUUAUUGGACACACAAGUGAACGAUGUACGAAUUGUUGGAAUCCAUGGGAGAGAUGGCAUUGGAAAGACUGCUCUUGCCAAGAUCAUAUAUAACAAAAUCUCCCUUCACUUUGACGCUUGUAGUUUUCUUGCGGAGAUUGAAGAAACAAUGCAGCAACCUGGUGGUUUUCAGUGUCUUCAAACCAAGUUGAUCUUUGAUAUUUUGAAAAGAGAGUAUGAGGUUGCUUCUGCUUUCAAAGGAGUACGAUUUUUGAAAGAAAUCUUGAGGAAUGUGAAAGUUCUCCUUGUUCUCGAUGAUGUGGAAAAUGUGUCCUUCCUCAAGGAGUUUGUAGGAGCUAAGCUUGAUUGGUUUGGUUCUGGCAGUAGAAUAAUUGUAACCUCAAAACAAAGAAGCAUUCUUCAAGGGUUUCUUGAUCAAGGGUCGGCUCAUACUUACGAUGUUAGUUCGAUGGAUGAUAAUCGAGCUUUUGCCCUUUUUUGGCAGUAUGCAAUGGGAAAGAGUUAUAAACAUCAACCUUACGUUGAAAUUGCAAACAGAAUAGUCAAGGCUGCGGAGGGACUUCCGCUACUUGUCAAAGUUUUUGGUUCUUUUUUGCAUGGUAAAGGACAAAAGGAAUGGAUUAAAUUCAGAGAUCUCAUACAACAAUUUCAGGAAGAUUACCAGAAGAUUCUCAGAACAAUUUAUGAAGCAUUAGAUCAAAAGCAAAAGCAGAUGUAUCUUGAUGUUGCAUGUUUUCUUCCAGAUGUGGAUUGUAGGAUUGCCUCAUAUAUGUGGCAUGAUUAUGAUCGUCCUCAUGAUGAAAUCGAGGUCCUUCAUCGUUUGUCCCUAAUAAAAAUGGAAGAAAAUAAAAUAGGCAUGCACAAAAUGCUAAAAAGCCUUGCCAGGAAGAUUAUUUACGAAGGUUUCCAUGAUCCAGGAACAUGUGUUAGAUUCUACAUUCCUGCCAAAGCCCACGACACGAAGAAGAGAAAAAGGGGAACAGACCACCUUAACACUAUCAUGGCAGGGUUUGAGAUCCUACCGAGCAAGACAUUUCUCAGCUUAGGUUGUGCCAAUAUUGGUGGAAGAUUUGCAGAUGCCUUAUUAAAUGUUCGGUGGCUUCACUGGCAAGGGUGCCCUCGAGAUUGUGAAGCAAUCAGCAUUCAUUUAGAGAACUUACUUAUUGUGGAUCUUUCGUGGAGUAUGGUUACAGAAUCCUGGGGAGGUUGGAAAGGAAUUAAGAUGGAGUGUUUGAAAGUCUUGAAUCUUACAGGUUGUGCGGGCUUAUUAGUUACCCCCAGCUUCUCUUGUUACCCAAAUUUAGAGAUACUGAUUCUUGAGCGAUGUUCUCGAUUGGUUCAUUUAGAUCCUUCAAUUAAUGAUCUGAAGCUCUUGGUUACCCUGAAUUUGAAGUUCUGCUCCGAACUUAGCAUGUUGCCAGUGGAAAUGGAUGGGAUGAAUGCUUUGGAAGAGCUCCUGAUUGAUGGCACUUCCGUACGAGAACUUCCUGCAUCGAUAGGCAAAUUGGUUCAACUGCAAAUUCUUAGUGCCACUAAUUGCUUCUCAUUGGUUCAGCUUCCUGGUUCAGUUUCUGAACUUAAAACUCUUUCAGUGCUAGCCUUGGAUAACGCGAAAGUUCUCGAACUCCCGGAUUCAAUUGGAGACUUGGGGGAGCUCAGACGCUUGUCUUUGAGGGAUUGUCGUGGGCUAGGAAAGCUUCCGGAAUCCAUUGGAAAACUGGAAGACUCAUUAGUAGAGUUGGAUAUAUCAGGUACGGGUAUUUCGAAGUUGCCCGAUUCAACUAAACACCUGCAGAGUUUGAAAGUGCUGAAAAUGGAUUCUUGUUUCUUGAGAGAAUUUCCUUCUUACAUUGGAGAGUUGAUAAACCUGGAAGAGAUACAUGCAUCCUGGUGUAGGAGUUUGGAGGGAGUGAUUCCUAGUGAUAUUAGGAAACUAGAUCGUCUUAGAGAACUGAGGCUUCGAUGUACACGUAUAUCCAGCCUUCCAUCAGAAAUCCAGUUCAUGUCAAGUCUUCAGACUCUUGAUUUGCUACACUGCAACAUUCUUGAAGAGUUGCCUAGGCUUCCCUCUACCUUAAUUGAUCUGUAUAUUAAUCCCGGCUUGAUGCAAAAUAUGUAAGACUCUUCAAUUCUGCCACCGGUGGCAUUUAUCGCGAUAAAUAAUGCAGCGUUAGUUUGGAUUGGA